GUAAUCAGCUGUUUCCAGAUUAUCAUUGUUGUGUAGUGUAGAUCAUUUCGUGUUCUAAUUAAAAUAAAAAUAAUUCAAUAAUAAAGUGAAUAUUUCUAAAGUCGGGAGUGAUUUUACUUGAAUAAUUGUCUACAGAUACGGUGAAACACUUCAAUCAAGGAUAAUAAACAAUCAAAAAUGGGUCUCAUUUGUUCUACCGCACAGCUCGCGUGCUUGUGCGGAAGCACUGCUUGCAGUUUUUGCUGUUCGCAAUGUCCAUCGUGCCGAAAUAGCACGAGUACAAGAAUAAUGUACGCUUUAAUGUUAAUGCUCGGAACAAUCGCAGCUUGUAUCACGUUGGCCCCGAGUCUUCAAGAUUUACUCCAGAAGGUACCUUUCUGCGCAAACAGUACUAGUUACGUACCCUCGAAAUUCACUGUCGAUUGUCAAUCAGCUAUUGGAUAUUUAGCAGUCUAUAGAAUAUGUUUUAUUAUCACGCUGUUCUUCUUUCUCAUGUCGGCGAUUAUGCUUCGAGUUCGUAGCUCGAAGGAUCCACGAGCACCCAUUCAAAAUGGUUUUUGGGCCAUCAAGUAUCUUCUGGUGAUUGGAGGAAUAAUUGGUGCGUUCUUCAUUCGUGAAGGUUCAUUUGGUCCAACAUGGAUGUAUUUUGGAAUGAUGGGAGGAUUCCUCUUUAUUAUGAUACAAUUAAUUUUAAUUGUUGAUUUCGCUCACAAUUGGGCUGACGCUUGGGUGGGAAAUUACGAAGAGACUGAGUCAAAAGGCUGGUAUGCUGCUCUACUUGGUGCUACAUUCUUGAAUUAUGUACUUUCAAUCACGGGAAUCGUUCUACUCUACGUGUACUUCACUUUGCCAAAUGAAUGCUCUCUUCAUAAAUUCUUCAUUUCCUUCAAUUUGAUUCUCUGCUUUAUCACAAGUUGUGUUUCAAUUCUACCAAGUGUUCAGGAAAAUCAGCCUCGUUCAGGCUUGUUACAAUCGUCAGUCGUCACUUUAUACGUUAUCUACUUGACUUGGAGCGGAGUUUCGAACAGUCCAGAUGACAAGUGCAAUCCAGGAAUGUUUGGAAUAAUAAACAGCAAUGAUAUUUCUACUCAAAAUAAAGUUGCAUUCGACAAGGAAAGUGUAAUUGGUCUUAUAAUUUGGUUCAGUUGUGUACUCUACAGUUCUCUGCGAACUGCUUCGAAAUCAUCGAAAAUAACAAUGUCUGACACUGUCCUCGCCAAGGAUAAUGGAGCUGUCCAGAACAAGGAUUCAUCGCUUAUUGGCAAUGAAGAUUAUGUUUCAGUAGAAGGUCGUAAUGGCGAUGUCGAAGGCAAUGAGGCUAAAGUCUGGGAUAAUGAAGAAGACACAAUCGCUUAUAAUUGGAGUUUCUUCCAUCUCAUGUUUGCCUUGGCAACUUUGUACGUGAUGAUGACUCUCACAAAUUGGUACAAGCCUAACUCAUCACUGGAGACUUUGAAUUCAAACACUGCUUCCAUGUGGGUGAAAAUAAUUUCUUCCUGGCUGUGUCUGGCAAUUUACAACUGGUCUCUCGUGGCUCCAAUUCUUCUGCCGAAUCGUGAUUUUUCUUAGAGUGAAAAAUAUUUAUUUUAAAAUUUAUUUUGCAACGAAGGUAUGAGAUUUUCUUUCUACUGCGCGCGUAUUUUAUAUUUGCAAUACAAAAAAGAAAAAACAAAAAGGAACAAAAAUCUAACUGCGAAAUAAUAUGACGACAAAUAUAUAUAUUUAGUCCAAUCAACUAGAGUUGAUACGUCGAAUUGAAUCUAGUAGAA